UACAUGUCUUCUAUCAGAGCAUUGUUCAUCAACCUCCCAUCCUCUAUAUUAAUAUCACUCUCCUUCCCAAGCUCCUCACACAAUUAUUUCUGAGCCACUACGAGAAAUCAAAGCUCGAUAAUUAAAGAUGCAUUUCACAUUUCUGUUUUGUUUGUUCAUCGUUCUUCUUGUAGGUCCAAGCUUUACUCUGUCCUCCCCUGUUCAAGAUCCUGAGCUAGUAGUACACGAAGUACACAAGAGUAUCAAUGCAUCUAGGAGGAAGUUGAGUUUUUUGUCAUGUGGUACGGGGAAUCCUAUUGAUGAUUGCUGGAGAUGCGACAAGAACUGGGAAAAGAACCGACAGCGUUUAGCAGAUUGCGCGAUAGGCUUUGGCAAAAAUGCCAUUGGGGGAAAAAAUGGUGAUAUUUAUGUGGUCACAGACUCGAAAGAUGAUGAUCCUGUGAACCCGAAGCCAGGGACAUUGAGGUAUGGUGUCAUCCAAGACGAGCCUUUGUGGAUCAUUUUUGAACGAGACAUGGUGAUCCAGCUGCGCGAAGAAUUGAUGAUGAACUCGUUUAAGACCAUUGAUGGGCGUGGCGCGAGUGUCCAUAUUGCUGGAGGGCCAUGCAUUACGAUUCAAUAUGUGACAAAUAUUAUAAUUCAUGGUGUGAAUAUUCAUGACUGCAAGCAAGGGGGGAACACGAAUGUCAGAGACUCUCCGGGGCAUUAUGGAUACAGGACAAUUUCGGAUGGUGAUGGAGUUUCGAUUUUUGGAGGAAGUCAUGUUUGGGUUGAUCAUUGCUCUUUGUCAAAUUGUAACGAUGGUCUUAUUGAUGCCAUUAGAGGGUCCACAGCAAUCACGAUAUCGAACAAUUAUAUGACUCACCAUAACAAGGUUAUGUUAUUGGGUCAUAGUGAUACUUUUACGCAAGACAAGAACAUGCAAGUCACUAUCGCCUUCAACCACUUUGGCGAAGGCCUUGUUCAGAGGAUGCCGAGGUGUAGGCAUGGAUACUUCCAUGUGGUGAACAAUGACUAUACUCAUUGGGAAAUGUACGCGAUUGGUGGCAGUGCUGCUCCGACUAUCAACAGCCAAGGCAAUCGGUUUCUUGCUCCCAAUGGUCAAUUCGACAAAGAGGUUACUAAACACGAGGACGCGCCAGAGGAUGAAUGGCGUCGAUGGAACUGGAGGUCUGAAGGGGACUUGAUGCUCAACGGAGCCUAUUUCACAACAUCAGGGGCAGGUGCGUCUUCUGGAAGCUAUGCAAAAGCUUCAAGCCUUGGCGCAAGAUCGUCUACGAUGGUGAGCUCAUUAACAGGGGGUGCAGGUGCUCUUAUUUGCCGAAAAGGUUCCAAAUGUUGACUGUUUUUCGUAAAUAAGUCUAUAGUGAAACCAUAAGCAAGUCCACUGUAUGUACCCCGCCGUUCAACUAAUACGUUCUAUAUAGUCAUCUUGUUCACAUUGUUCAGUUUCUUCCGUCUUUUCUGAGUAAAAAUGAUGGAAGUUUCGAACUUGUAAGUUCCGAUAUAGUCAUUCUGUCAAGUCGUAAAUUAAUGCCAACAAGUUGUUGAUAUC